GGUUUUUCUGGGCAUUUUUAAAGAAUCAAAAUGUGUUAAUUUGUUUGUCGAUUUUCGGUAAAUGUAAUAAUGGGUUGUAUAAAUUCCAAACAUGUACUUGGGUAUUCGAGUUCUUUGUGUUCUUCUUCACUAAAGAAUCACGAUCAUGAUUAUUUUGAUAAAAACCCAAUUGGGUCAUCGAAACAGAUCAAGAAAAGAGUACCUGAUGAUGAUAAUAGUACUAAUUGGGAUGGCGAUUCGAUAAACUUGAAAUUCGGAAGAUUAACCGAAGCAGAACAUGUAGCUGCUGGUUGGCCUUCUUGGCUUAGUGCAGUUGCAGGGGAGGCAAUUGACGGCUGGCUUCCAUUAAAAGCCGGCAAUUUCGAAAGAUAUGAAAAGGUUGGACAAGGUACUUACAGCAGUGUCUACCGAGCGCGUCACAUUGAGGGUGGUAGAAUGGUUGCGCUAAAAAAGGUGCGGUUUGACAAUUCAAAACCAGACAGUGUGAAGUUCAUGGCUCGAGAAAUCACACUCCUCCGAAUGCUUGAUCACCCAAACAUCAUGAAACUCGAGGGUAUAAUUACAUCCCCAUUAUCAAGUCACGUGUACCUUGUUUUUGAAUACAUGGAACAUGAUUUAUCUGGAGUAUUAUCAAGUCCUGACAUCCAGUUCAAUGACUCCCAGAUUAAAUGCUAUAUGAGGCAAUUAUUGAAGGGUGUUGAACACUGCCAUUCACAUGGAAUUUUACAUCGAGACAUUAAAACUUCAAAUAUUUUGGUGAAUAAUAAGGGAAUUUUGAAGAUCGGUGAUUUUGGUUUGGCGAAGUUUCAUUCUCCAAACAGCGGGGAACCAUUGACUGGCCAUGUUGUGACCUUGUGGUAUCGUCCUCCUGAACUCCUAUUAGGAUGCACACAAUAUGGGCCAUAUGUUGAUCUUUGGAGUGUAGGAUGUGUUUUUGCUGAACUUUUUCUUGGCAAACCAAUUCUUAAGGGGCAAACUGAGGUUGAACAGUUGCACCAAAUAUACAAGCUUUGUGGUACUCCCCCUGAUGAAUACUGGAACAAGUCAAAACUUCCCCUUGCAAAAAUGUUUAAACCGCAUCAUGCUUAUGAAAGUACUCUUCGGGAAAGGUGUAAACAACUUCCAGAAACUGCCGUUAACCUCAUCGAGAAAUUACUUUCAGUAGAGCCUUGCAUGCGGGGGUCUGCUAGAUCUGCUCUUGAAUCUGAGUACUUCAAAACAAAGCCCUAUGCAUGUGAUCCUGCAAGCUUACCAAAGUACCUACUAAACAAAGAGAUACACGUAAAUGGUCACGAGGAAACAUUUGGAAAGAAGCAUGUUGGCCUGAUGCGGGCAUCUGGAACUUCAAGAAAUUUAACAAGAGUUCACAAAACUUGCAAAGAACCAACUUCUUUCUGUAAAGUAGUUCCUACAGAGGUCAAUGCAGAUGCCCAUAUUGCAAGUAAAAAUAAUGGUGGUGGUCCAUACUUACAAACCACAGGAGGGUCUCAGUUUGAAGGUGUUUUUGCACUCCCCGUACAAGCUACAACUUCAAAUGGGGGUUUCAUGUGGGCAACAAGUAAGCGGAAAUAUGGAGAUAAUCCGAUCCAAAGUGCCGGUGCAAUGCCUUUGUGUGCAUCCUCGCAACGGAUGCCUGAAAAUGGAGAGUCAACAAGCGGGGUCUGGAAAGGGGUUAGAAAUCAUAGGCUACAGAGUCUUAAUCAGCCAUGUUCAUUUGAUUCAUCAAAAGUGCACAACUCUCAGGAUUUACUGAAUGAUGAAGAAGAGACCUUUUUUGACGCCGUCUCUCAAUGCUGACUCAACUAGACAGAAUUGACUUUUAGGAUUCACGUUGUAUGGGUGUACAUAAAAUUCAUUCUCAUCAAGGGUACAUGUCAGGACUGCUAUUCAGUGGUGAUCAGCAGAUUAGUAGAAUGAUCAAGAGGAUAAAUCUUCGUCACCUGCUACCAAUGUGGGUAUCUGACCACGAUUUACAAAGUCAAUCUUGUUUAAUCUCAAACAGCAAAGAACUUUCUCUGGCAACUCUUCGGGUUUUUGAGCCUAUUUUUGUUUUUACAAAGAGGAUUCUUGAUCAGUUUUGUUCUUGUUUCUAAAGAAUGGAGAAUUUAAUACUUUCA